GGGCUCCUUUUCUCACCCUCAUUCACGUGUGCAGGUCCAAAGUGAAGACAGUGCACGAGAGGAUUCCCUUGGCCGGACUGAGCAAGUUGCCCAGCGUCCCUCAGAUUGCAAAGGCUUUCUGUGAUGACGCUGCGGGGCUGAAAUUCAACCCUGUCCUGUACCCCAAGGCCUCCCAAAUGAUUGUGUCCUAUGAUGAGCACGAUGUCAACAACACAUUCAAAUUUGGGGUCAUUUAUCAAAAAGCCAGGCAGACCCUGGAGGAGGAGCUAUUUGGGAACAAUGAGGAGAGCCCAGCUUUCAAGGAGUUCUUGGAUCUUUUGGGGGACACAAUCACACUGCAGGAUUUCAAAGGUUUCCGCGGAGGCCUGGAUGUGACCCACGGACAGACAGGGGUGGAAUCCGUGUACACGAUAUUCCGGGACAGGGAGAUCAUGUUUCACGUCUCCACAAAGCUGCCAUUUACCGAGGGAGACGCCCAGCAGCUCCAGAGAAAGAGACACAUUGGGAAUGACAUUGUGGCCAUCAUCUUCCAAGAAGAAAACACACCAUUUGUCCCAGAUAUGAUUGCCUCCAACUUCUUACACGCCUACAUUGUUGUGCAGGCCGAGAACCAGGGCACGGAGACCCCAUCCUACAAGGUCUCAGUCACUGCACGGGAAGAUGUGCCCGCCUUUGGCCCCCCUCUGCCUAGCCCUCCUGUCUUCCAGAAGGGCCCGGAGUUCAGGGAGUUUCUGCUCACCAAGCUCACCAAUGCAGAGAACGCUUGCUGCAAGUCAGACAAGUUUGCAAAGCUGGAGGACCGGACGAGGGCCGCCCUGCUGGACAACCUCCACGACGAGCUUCACGCGCACACGCAGGCUAUGCUGGGACUGGGCCCUGAAGAGGACAAGUUUGAGAAUGGGGGCCAUGGGGGAUUCCUGGAGUCUUUCAAGAGGGCGGGGCCGUCGGGAAGUGCGAGCGGUCAGAGCAGCCGGCGGCGUCCCCGGCGUCCUCCACACCCUUCCUUGAUGCGGAUCGUCUCCUCCCGGCCCAGAAGUCUGAGAAGCAGGGACAGGGAGAGAGUCGGCGGCAGGAGAGGAACCAGUCCCAACCAAGAACGUUACUGCCUUCGACACCUCCUUCUGUGUCAGGAUGAGGAGCCCAGGGCAGGAUGACCCGAGCGAGGACACAGCCUUCGUUCGGGGUCUUUGACAGCCACUGUGCGGUACUGGCAAUGAGUUUUUCCAACUGGCAGGGCAUUGGAGGACCUGGCCAGGGCCAGUGCGAUGGAGUUACAGGCAAGUAACUCCCCGUGGACUUUGCAAAAGGAAGAACUUUCUAAUCAUAAUAUAACGGGCUGCUAAAAGAAGCAGUGAGCUUCUUGUUCCUGGCAGUAUGUAAGUAGAGCUUGGGCAGCCCCUGAGCCGGCGUGAGGUACAGGAGGUGUAUGGUCCUGGGCUCACUGAGUGCUGUGGUCCGCACAGCACCGAUGCCCAGCACCGAGCUUGACCCUGGCUGUUCUCCUGUGCAGUCAGCGGGGCAGACCUCGUCCUUCCCACGUGCACACGAGGGGACAGGCCGAGGGAGGUGGCAGGACUGCUCCAAACCUUACACCUACUUACAGGUAGAGAUACAGCCUCAGGUUUUCUGGUUCUUACGUUAGCGUUCUGCCAGACUGCCCAUUGCAGAAUGAUUGGUGAGGGGCCGGUAUGUGUGGGGCCAGGGUUAGCCCUGCCUGUGUUAGGAUCCCAGCUCCCCCGGUGUGAUCCGGGUCUCCGAGCUGCAGGGUUCUCCUCAACGACACAGGGAUGGUAAGUCAGACGUCCGCAGUUGCUGGAGCAGUUCGCCCAUGUCCGACCGGUUGCCCGACAGAGUGUGUGUUGCCUGGAACAUGGCAGACGCUCAGUGAGAGUGUCAGCUGCUGGUGUUGGGUCGGGUGGACGCUCCACACGCACCGUCCCAUGUAAGGCCUCACAGUGCCCUCGGUGCCCUGUGUGGAGGGCUGUUAUGAUGGUGAUAAUAAUUCAUUCCCGAUCCGAUGAACUAUGGGUGUCAUUUUACAUGUGAGGAAAUGAAGGCUCAAAGAGACAAAGUAAGUUGCAUCCGAGUCUGCUGAUUGCAGAGCCUGUGUUCUCCGCGAGCCGGCCUCUGGUUCCCGGCUCCGGUAAGAUUCCACCCACGCUAGCGCGGCCUGGGCAAGCCUGGGGUCUGUCCCUGGCUGCCCGGCUGGCCCGCAGAGAGCAGGGCACGGUUCUGCUGGCCCCCAUCAGGGCAGCUGCUGAGAUUCCUCAAGGGGGCAGGAGGGUAGGAGGUGAGCUCCUUGCCCAGGCUGGUGGGACAUUCCUGAGGCAUCUGUUUCAGGCUUGGUGGACAGCAGCAGCCAGGGCAAAGCAGGAGAAAGUGGAGAUCAGGAGGAGAGGGGC